UGCGGCUCCCAGAGUUGCAGCAGGGUUCAGAAGAGGAAGCGGGGCUGGCCCAGAGGUCCGAAGCUUAGCCAUGGAGGAGGAAGACUGUGGAAUGCAUGGCAAGUGGGCUGUCACUUGGAUCACCAUCGGGAAGCCCAAGGUGCAGGUGGAAGAGGAGCAGAGGAGCUCCGAGAUGAAGAGGGCGGAGGACAGCGCGGACCAGGCCGAGGCCCAGCACGCAGAGGCCCAGAAGAAGCAGAAGAUCAUCGACCGGGUGAUCUCCGUGCUGGAAAACAGCCCCAACAGACACCGCAAGCGCAUGGCGAUAGUGCUGUGCCAAAGGGGGAUGAGGCAGAGGGACAGCGGCGACCUGAAGCCCAAAGCCGAGCCUGAGCUGCAGCCCAACCCUGAGCCCCAGCCUGAUCCUGUGGAGAAGCCUGCGCCUGGGGCUGACAGCGCGGCCUCAGGGCCCCCCCCAGCUGCCUCGGCCUCCACCUAGGGAGUGGACCCAGGAGGCGGAGAAGCACAGGGCCCAGGAACUGGGGGGAGGGGACAGGGGAAGGGAUGUUGGCCUCAUGGAGACCAAGUGUGGACAAUAAAGCACCGUCAAGACACGAAA